GGCUGGAGAUUUCAGUUAGGAGCCUUCAGCAUCUGACUAGCAUUUAAAUCCUUGAGACUAUGUGAGAUCACCUAGGGAGUGAGUGUAGACAGAGUACUGAACCUUGAGGCAUUAAAGCAUUUGGAGGUGGAGGAGAUGAGGAGGAACUAGCAAGGGAGACAAGGUGGAAGGAAGUCAGGACACUGCAGUGUUCCAGAAGCCAAGGGAAGAAAAUGUUUCAAGAGGAAGGGAACAAUCAACUGUAUCACAUGUUGUUGAUGGAUUAAGUAGGAUGAGGGCUGAGAACUGGUUAUUGUAUUGAGCAGCGUGAAGAUCAUUCAUGAUCUUGACAAAAACAGUUUUGGGGGAAAGUGGUAAUAGAGCUUUACUGGAACAGAUUAAAAACAUGUUCAGAAAGGAAUUAGAGUCAGCAAACGUGGACAGCUCUUUUAAGACUCCAUUUCAAGCUAGGAGCUACUACAGUGAGGUUAAAAGAAGAUACAAGAUACAUGCUUCCUGCUCUCCCAGUACUUGCGGUCAGUCACAAGGGAGGCAGUUCAGUAGCCAACAAUAAACAGGAGACAGCUGUUGUAAUCCCUUAAGCAUGGGUGCUAUUAAAAAAAUGGUUGAGAAGAAAAUACCUGGAAUUUACGUCUUGUCUUUAGAGAUUGGAAAGACCAUGAUAGAGGAUGUGGAGAACAGCUUCUUCUUGAAUGUCAAUUCCCAAGUAACAACAGUAUGCCAGAUUCUUGCUGAAGAUCCUAAAUUGCAGCAAGGUUACAAUGCUAUGGGAUUCUCCCAGGGAGGCCAAUUUCUGAGGGCAGUGGCUCAGAGAUGCCCAUCACCUCCCAUGAUCAAUCUCAUCUCAGUUGGGGGACAACAUCAAGGUGUUUUUGGACUCCCUCGAUGCCCAGGAGAGAGCUCUCACAUCUGUGACUUUAUCAGAAAAACACUGAAUGCUGGGGCUUACUCCAAAGCUGUUCAAGAACGCCUGGUACAAGCAGAAUAUUGGCAUGAUCCUAUAAAGGAGGAUGUAUACCGCAACCACAGCAUCUUCUUGGCAGAUAUAAAUCAGGAGCGGAGUGUCAAUGAGUCCUACAAAAAAAACCUCAUGGCCCUGAAGACAUUUGUGAUGGUGAAAUUCCUCAAUGAUUCCAUUGUGGACCCUGUAGACUCUGAGUGGUUUGGAUUUUAUAGAAGUGGCCAAGCCAAGGAAACUAUUCCCUUACAAGAGACAACUCUGUACAUACAGGACCGCCUGGGGCUAAAGGAAAUGGACAAAGCUGGACAGCUGGUGUUUCUGGCUACAGAAGGGGACCAUCUUCAACUGUCUCAAGAAUGGUUUUAUGCCCACAUCAUACCCUUCCUUAAAUGAAGCCCCUGCAGUUCACAACACAGCUCAGGGAGUCCCUAGCUCUCCCAAACUACAUGGAACAGUUCUUCAUGCCCAACCCUGAGCUCAGAUCCAGCUUGCAACUAAUCCUUCUCUCUAACAUGCCCUACUUGGAAUGAUCUAAGAUCAGAAUCUUAUCAUUUGCUGCCUCCUAUCACCAUAUGGUGUUGAAUUCAAGUUUAAUCAGCUAAUAACUAUGGAGAUUGUUUUACAACCUUAUGAUGUGGUCAAGCUCAGUCUUAGGGAGUCUGCUGCAGAUCGAUGCCAAAAUUGUGCCGGACACAGGUGACUGAACAAACUAAAGCAGUAGAGAUUCUGAAGGCAACUCUAGCCACAUUCAAGCAAGUAGAAGGCUGUUACCCAGGCCUGAGGUGCUCAUAUAAAUACUUUGUGUUGCUGGUGAAGAUUUAACUAGUGCUUGGGAAAAUAUUGCUUGAUAAGGCUGCUUUCCUCUUUUGAAUAUGUUGCCUUCUGUGGUAUUUAGCAAUUACUAGACAGGUUCCACUGGCCUUCCAUCUUGCCUCUAUAAAACCACUGUCUGGUAAGGUAAUAAUGAAUUAAUUGUUUUGUCAUUAAAAAGAGGGAAAUAGCACCCAAUUGGGUUGCUUAAAAGAGAAAAUGUAUACCUUGCAUAACUUAAAAGACAGUGGCAGGGUAGGGUAUGACCAUGAAGAAAACAGGAUUGGAAAUAAAAACAAGGCAGCUGGUUCUUUCCAUUCCAUCUUUCUUAAGUGGCGUGGAUGUAACUGCUCUAUUACUGGCUUUAGCAGAGCAUGGGAGGAACAAUGUAGAGAGAUCAGGUUUUCUAACUUCCACCCCACAAGUCAUAUUUACCAGCGUAUCCCAAACUGAGAUGUUCUUUGAGAGAAGGACAAAACUUGAAGAAUACUGUAUGUUCCUUCUCUGAGAUGAACCCACAUCAGACUAAGGACUGAGAAUUCCUAAUGAAUAGUAAAGGAAAAUAACCAUUAAUCUACCAUUUUCUACCUUAUUUGAGCAUGGAAGUCUUAGCCCCCACUCUAUGAAGACCUAUCAACACUUUCUGGACAACUUCUGUAGAAUGCCAAGCUGCAGAAAUGAUUAAGAUGUUUUCAUGAAAGAACCUUGUUUGUGCUGCAGUUUACCUUUUAUGAGUUUUCUUUUUCCUCUCUCAAGCCUUAUUCUUCAACUGAAAGAUAAGGAUUAAGGACAAGAAGUGGGAUGUGAAAAUUUUAUGAGGUUGUCUAAAAUAAAGAGUAAUUUCUUAUCCUUA